UUCCAAAUUACGGAAAAACGCAUCGUUUUCUUCUUUAACUAAUUUCCACUUCAGGGAGAAGAAAAAAGAAAAAAAAUCUCCCAAAAUUGCACUCUUUCUCUUCAUUUCUGAGCUCGAUCUCUUAUUCUUCAAUGGACGAAUCAUCGUAUUCAAAUCUUGCUACCAGUCAUUUACUCGGCUCAGUCCCCGCUGUUGUUAGUGAAGAAAAUAAAGCUUCGUAUGAAGUUCCUGAAGCGAAUAUGCAAAUUUUCCCUCCAAAUAAUGGUGGCGGAGGAGGUAGCGGCCGAGGUUAUCAAACUCUUGAAGCUCCAACUGAAGGAUUUGAACAACAAUCACCAAACAACUGGAAGGGAGUGUUUAGUAUCUCGUCAUACACACAGUAUUUUAAUGUGGAUACAGAUGUUGUCAUAAACAGAUUGAUGAGUUCCUUUUAUCCUGCCAGUGGGGAUUUUUUCAGCAAGAUUGAUGCUAACCCUGAUCUGUAUGGGCUUAUCUGGAUCACAACUACCUUGGUCUUUAUGCUUUCUUCCUUUGGAAACUGUGCCACGUACCUUAUGCAAAAGCACACUGAUAGCACUGCUUCUUGGAACUUUGAUGUCGGCUAUGUAAAUGUAGCAGCUUGUGGAAUCUAUGGUUAUGCAAUUGUGGUACCAAUGGCAUUUUACUUCUUGCUUCAGUAUCUGGGUUCAAACGCUAGCCUUAUAAGAUUUUGGUGCAUGUGGGGUUAUUCGCUCUCCAUUUUCAUUCUAACUGCAUUUCUGCUGCUUAUUCCAGUUGAGAUUCUCCGAUGGAUCAUUAUACUCAUUGCUGGUACAGUCUCAGCUUGCUUUGUUGCCUUGAAUUUAAAAUCUUAUAUUGUGGGGAACGAUCUUACAAUGAUGGUGGUUGCUGCAUUCUUGUUGCAAAUGGCACUUGCAAUCUUCAUCAAGGUCUGGUUCUUUCCAUAAACCUCACUAAGUCAUCCUAUGUGAUCUAUCUGAGCACCUAAAAUCCAAACUUUGCUGUGUUUACUCUGUUUCUGGGAAAUAUGGAAAAGGAGAUUAGUCAGAGCAAAAUACCUCUUGAAGAAAAGCUUCUGUGUGUUUCGGGAUUGCUUACAUGGUGAGUUGUAGUUUAGUGAUUAAUUUGAAACAUGUAAUGGAAGAGAGUUCUAGGAGCCAUGUUUUCAUGAGGUGCAGCAACCUCACUAAUUUGGUUUUGGAGUCAGUCCAUCUAAUUCACUGGGUGUUGUUGGCCUACAACUUUUAAGAGACCAGCAUCAUCAGAGCAACCAGAGAAUUGUCAAUGUAAUAUUUUAAAGUCAUGGAAGUUUUCUCAUAUGCACAUGGUUGUGUAAA